AUGACGAAAUUAUAUAUUCUAUAUGAGCAUGCAUCUGGUUAUGCAUUAUUUCAAAUUCGUGAAUUUGAAGAAAUUGGUAUGAAUAUACCACAAGUAGAAGCAACUGUCAUAGAUCUAUCAAAAUUUGCUACUGUUGUUAAACUUAUUGCAUUUUAUCCAUUUCAAUCCGGUAUUAAUGCACUUGAUAAUAUCAAUGCUAUAUCUGAAGGUGUAGUUCAUGAUGAUCUUCGAACAUUUCUCGAUACAAAUUUACCAAAAGAAAAAAAACGUGCAAAAAUGAUUCUUGGUGUAGCUGAUACACGUAUAGGAUCAACAAUUAAUGAACUUUUUUCAAUUACAUGUCAACAUACAGGUGUUGUACCUGAACUUUUACGAGGUCUUCGUCUUCAUUUUCCAAAUUUAAUCAAAGGUUUAACAGAUCAAAAUCAAAGUAAAGCACAACUUGGUUUAGGUCAUGCAUAUUCUCGUGCAAAAGUUAAAUUUAAUGUUAAUCGUGUUGAUAAUAUGAUUAUUCAAUCAAUUGCAUUACUUGAUCAACUUGAUAAAGAUAUCAAUACAUUUUCUAUGCGUAUUCGAGAAUGGUAUGGCUAUCAUUUUCCUGAAUUAAUUCGAAUUGUGUCCGAUAAUUAUACAUAUGCACGUGUUGUAUAUUUAAUGAAAAACCGAAAAGAUUUUACAAUCGAUCGUGAAGAUGAAUUAGAAGCAAUUAUAAUGGAUAGUGGAAAAACUGCAGCAGUUUUCGAAGCAAUGAAAACAACAAUUGGAAUGGAUAUUUCACCUAUUGAUCUUAUUAAUAUUGAAUCAUUUGCUACUCGUGUUAUUCAUUUAUUUGAAUAUAGAAAAAGUUUACAAGAAUAUUUAAAAAGUAAAAUGGGACAAGUAGCUCCAAAUUUAGCUAUGUUAAUUGGUGAACAGGUUGGUGCGCGUCUCAUUGCUCAUGCUGGCAGUUUAACUAAUCUUGCAAAAUAUCCAGCAUCUACAAUACAAAUUUUAGGUGCUGAAAAAGCUCUCUUUCGAGCAUUAAAAACUAAAGGUAAUACACCGAAAUAUGGUCUUAUCUAUCAUUCAUCUCAUAUUGGUAAAGCAAAUACACAAAAUAAAGGUCGUAUAUCACGUUAUCUUGCAAAUAAAUGUGCAAUUGCAUCACGAAUUGAUUGUUUUUCUGAAAUUCCAACAACUAUUUUUGGUGAUCAUUUAAAACAACAAGUUUCAGAUCGUCUGAAAUUUUAUGAUAGUGGUGAAUUACCAGCUAAAAAUGUUGAUGUUAUGAAAAUAGCUUUGGACGAAGCAAAUAUUGAACGUGAACAAAUUUUACUAAAAGAAAAAAAACUUAAGAAAAAAGAGAAAAAACGUCGUAAAGCAGAAGCUGCUGCACUUGCUGAAGAAAUGGAAUAA